AUGGCAUUACAUCAUCAUCAAAGAAGAAUUCAGAAAGACGUUGCAGUUAUCCUGAUAUCGGUGCUGCUCUUCCAUGUCCGCUCCUCAACGGGCUUUGUCAAUCCGUCAGCAGCUGUGUUCCUUCAUUCUCCCACGUCCCUCGAAAAUGAUACCAACAUGAGAACAAUGUCCCUGAAAAGCACAAAGAGCAAACUUUCCUUGGAAAAUCAUUCAAUGGAAUCAUCACGAAGAAAUGUGCUUGCGUCUGUCUCUGCUUGCAUUGUUUUGACCCUCACGAUGCCCAAACACGUCGUGGCAGCAAUGACGGAAUUGAAGCCAGAAAGCAACGAAGAGUUUCAGUUUCAAGUCACCACAACCCUUCCAAACGGAUUGAAAACAGAGGCGCUUGGUCCCCAAAGCACACUCGUCAUUACAGUCAAGCCUGCUGUUACUUAUACCAGCCAAGUCCCAAAGAAUGUGGCGGAUGCGGCCUUGUCCGAAACCGGACAUUGGGUUCCAAUCGUGCUCAAAUAUCAACAGGCGUGUGGCUCCAAAGAACUAGCGUCGCAACAAGAAAUGGGCAUGAUCACCACCACACUUACACCCGAUCAUGUCACUCCACAGGCUGGAACCAAUCUGGAAUGGUGGAAAAACCUGCCGCUAAUUGUCACGGCUACAUUGGAAGGCGACGACGAAAUUCCAGAUCUUGUGGGAUGCCGCAUCAUACCCAACAUGGGUGGAAUUGUACCCAACCAGCGUGUCACCAUGCCUCUUCAGCGACGAGGGCUCUGUUCGGAAAUGAUGGAUCGGUCCAAACAGUAUGGAUUCUUUCGCGAGGCUAGUAGCUAA